GCCACCCAAAGGGCACUCAGGCGGCUCGUGUGUGGUUGCAGGCCGCGGUGAGUGAGUCAGCUGGUCAUUGCCCACACAGUGCAGGUCUGACAACACCGCAUCGACGUCUUAUCCCUUUUGCGAUUACUACAGGUAUAGUCCACACUCCACACCAAAAUUCCCCAUUUUUCUCCCUCUUGUCCGGGUUGAUCCCUGAUGCGGCCGAUCUCGGAAGGCGACAUGAGCCCCUGAAUCCAUGAAAAAGGCGGCAGUCUAUCCGAAUUUGAGGAGACUGGAGAUUCGGAGCAUGACCUCUUGCAUCGAUCAUGCGCAGGCGCACACCCUGAUGUCGUCUAAAAUAGGACACGCAUCUGGCGACGGGAGCUCAAAGGGUUUUUUGGAACUCUCAUCAUCCUGCUAACAACAAGACUAGAAUGUCUGACGCUUCUAAGAAUGCCGCAUCUGCGGCGACCGGUGCUGCGCAUCGUUACAGAGCGUCUGCGGAUUUCACCAAUUUGCAUGCAUUUAGCCCCUUGUCCAGCAGGUCUGCGCGGCCGUCGUCCAUGAUGUUUGAGCAGGGCACACCAUUGAAGAGCACCCAUGAAACUCAAGUGUAUGACAACUGGCUCAAGGAUCUAUCGCACUAUCAGAAAACUCUGGAAGAGAUGUACAGUGCUUCACUUGAUCAGAACUUCAAAGAAGAGCUUGGCGCCAUCGAGCAGUGGUUCCGCGUGCUCAGUGAAGCAGAACGUACAGCAGCGCUGUACACGCUUCUGCAACAAGCAACGCAGGUUCAGAUUCGCUUCCUGAUCAUGGUUCUACAGGAGAAGGCACGCGCUGAUCCAAUGAGUGCUGUUUUGAGUCCAGCCAACUUCAACAAGGAUGCCAUGUCGCAGAAUAUGAAUUCAGCCAUGCAGCAGCUCAGCCUUGGGAAGCACUCGCCAUCACCCAGUCUUCUCCGGACAGAAGAACAGGGCAAUCGGGCCAUUUCGCAGAUGUUCCCAGAUGCAGCUGCGGCCCUUGCCAAUCAACGUGCCGAAUUGCAGCGAAAGCGCUCGCUUUUCGUCCCUGGACAGGCUAGCGUCUCUACGCCAAGUAUUGACUUGACGCUUGCCAAAUCACUCAAGGACGAUGCCGUCAAGUCUCCAUGGACUCCAUCGUUCCGAAAAACGCUCGAUGGGCCUGAACGUCCUAAAUCCGCAGAGCCCACCAAGACCGCUUUUCCACGAUCCGCGUCUCUCUCGAUGGGCACACCCCUGAGAUCGCAAAGGACCGACUUGAAUGCAACGAGUAUGCCGUAUUCGCCAUUCGACUCCGCUGCACCGAGCGGGUCGUGGGCGUCCAUGACGAAUACCCCAGCCACUGCCAUGUUCCCCACUGAAAGCCGACAAAGCGACGCCUUGCAGCAACGACUUGCAGCUGUCAAUCAGUCUAUGAUGGCCGAUGGUGCAGUCAAUGGUAGUCCACGCGUUGUGCUCGAAAGUGACGUCCGCAAAUUCCGUCGUGCAACACCUAAAUCUCCUGCUGGCGACUUGUUGUCGAGUGCGCAUGGUUCGCCCAUCAUGAUGUACGACGAUGAUGGACAACUCAUGUCGCCUCAAGCUGCACAGCAGUAUGCAUCGCCCUUGGUGCAGCGGAUGAACGCAUCGCCGGCGAAUGCGUCCACCCCACUCAUGCCCAUCCUUGGCAACGCCCGUGCUUCGAGCUUGAGUAUGGCGUCUGGUGCAAUGAGUAGCUGGACAAUGAGUCCCGGGUCCAAUGCGAGCUUUAUGUUUCCUACGAGUAGUCCUGCACAGACAGCACGGGACGGUUCAUUCAGUCCUGAGGUCGAAGGCGGUCGUCGACGAUCGUCUGCAACGAAGCAAGUGGAAGAUCCAACCGACCCGAAAUUGCUUGCAGAUAUUCCAGCUUGGUUGAGGCAAUUGCGUCUUCACAAGUACACCGACAACCUCAAGGAUCUGCGCUGGCAAGAGCUGGUGCACAUGUCUAGCGAUGAUUUGGCUGCAAAGGGCGUGUCUGCUCAAGGCGCUCGCAACAAAUUGCUCAAGAGCUUUGGCGAAGUCUUGGAGGCAGUCAAGUCUGGCAAGCUCAAGGAGUGAUGCGCCUAUUUAAUCACUCGUGUUUAUACCUUCUUUAUUGCGUCCUCUGGGCAUCUUUUAAAUCAGCUUCGUAUUUAACGUAUGAUGGUCUCAAUCUUGUGUGAGUCAGAGAUUCGCCAAGGGAGAUGCAAGGCUUCCCGUACUUCACUCUGACUUUUCCCGAGCAGGGAUCUGCCAAACUCAAUAUAGUCGACA